AAGAAGGAAGAAAUAAUAGUGCUACUUUUGACGCUCAUCCCGAAGUGGGUGACCGAUAGAGAGAUUUUUAAGUGAUAAUCGCGCUCCCGAAGGAGCUGAGGUGGAAGGAAGGAAGAUGAGGAGCAGCGUAUUCGUGUGGCUCUGCGCCCUGGCGCUGGCUUGCCAUGUUGCCGUCGCCCAAGAGGAGAAGAAGGCCGAGAGCUUCGAGCAGGAGAUCUGCAAGGACAAGGACGCCGGCGAGUGGUUCCGUCUCGUAGCGGGCGAGGGCGACAACUGUCGCGACGUCAUCCAGUGCACCUCGUCGGGUCUCCAGGCGAUCCGCUGCCCAGCCGGUCUCUACUUCGACAUCGACAAGCAGACCUGCGACUGGAAGGAGGCCGUCAACAACUGCAAGAUCAAGAACAAGGAGCGCAAGGUGAAGCCCCAGCUCUACACCGAGGAGCCGCUCUGCCCCGAUGGCUCGCUGGCCUGCGGCGAUGGAAUCUGCAUCGAGCGCGGCCUGUUCUGUAACGGCGAGAAGGACUGCGCCGACGGCUCCGACGAGAACGUCUGCGACAUGGACAGCGAUCCGAAUCGCGCGCCACCCUGCGACCCGUCGAUCUGCGUGCUGCCCGACUGCUACUGCUCGGAGGACGGCACCGCCAUCCCCAGCGAUCUGCCGGCCAAGGACGUGCCCCAGAUGAUCACCAUCACCUUCGACGACGCCAUCAACAACAACAACAUCGGCCUGUACAAGGAGAUCUUCAACGGCAAGCGCAAGAACCCCAACGGCUGCGACAUCAAGGCCACCUACUUCGUCUCGCACAAGUACACGAAUUACACGGCCGUCCAGGAGACGCACCGCAAGGGUCACGAAAUCGCGGUGCACUCCAUCUCGCACAACGACGACGAGAGAUUCUGGUCGGACGCCACCGUCGACGACUGGGCCAAGGAGAUGGCCGGCAUGAGGAUCAUCGCCGAGAAGUACGCCAAUCUCACGGACAACAGCGUGGUGGGCGUCAGGGCGCCCUAUCUGCGCGUCGGCGGCAACAACCAGUUCACCAUGAUGGAGGAGCAGGCCUUCCUCUACGACUCGACCAUCACCGCGGCCUUGAACAAUCCGCCCCUGUGGCCGUACACCAUGUACUUCCGCAUGCCCCAUCGCUGCCACGGUAAUCUCCAGAAAUGCCCCACCCGCUCGCACGCCGUCUGGGAGAUGGUGAUGAACGAGCUGGAUCGUCGCGAGGACCCGGAGAACGACGAGUACCUGCCCGGCUGCGCCAUGGUCGACUCCUGCUCCAACAUCCUCACCGGCGAUCAGUUCUACAACUUCCUCUCGCACAACUUCAAUCGUCACUACGAGCAGAAUCGCGCCCCGCUCGGGCUCUACUUCCACGCCGCUUGGCUGAAGAACAAUCCCGAGUUCCUCGACGCCUUCCUGUACUGGAUCGACGAGACCCUCAAGGAUCACAGCGACGUGUACUUCGUCACCAUGACCCAGGUGAUCCAGUGGAUACAGAAUCCGCGCACCGUCUCGGAGGCCAAGAACUUCGAGCCCUGGAGGGAGAAGUGCUCGGUCGAGGGCACACCGGCCUGCUGGGGCGGACACUCGUGCAAGCUGACCAGCAAGGAGGUGCCCGGCGAGACCAUCAAUCUGCACACGUGCGUCAGGUGUCCCAACAAUUAUCCCUGGAUCAACGACCCGACCGGCGACGGUUUCUACUGAGCCGAUCGAUCGAGCUUUUUUUCUCUCUGAAAAUUCCGAAGAAAAAAGAAAAUAUUAGCGCGUAAUUAUCGUUGAUAUUACGAACGUAAUUAACUCUUAUAUAUAUACUCGUUCCUCGUCCCCCGAAGAAGAUGUCCGAGAGCUAUACCCCAUUACUCCCCCAUGUGAAUGCGUAAGAUUUUAAUUUUUUAUUAUUAUUAUUAUUAUUUUAUUUUUUUUUUAACGAGUGUAUCCUGCGAAAGUAGUUGCGCAUCGGGCGACGAGGCGAUGGAGAACGAGUGUGUGGCGCCUCGCAAACUCUCUCGAGAGGCGCAAGAGUCACGAAUGAGAUUAUUUUUUAGAGAUGAUCCUAGUUUUUAGGCGUUAUGAUUUAUUUAUUAUUUUUUUUU